GGCGGCGGCGGCGGCGGCGGGAGCGGAGGCUGUGGCUGGGGCCGCGAGGGCGGGAGGGGGCAUGUAGCGGCCGCCGUGGCGGGGGCAGGGGUGCCGAGCCACGGCCGGGGUGCCCCUGGGGGGGCCGCGCCGUUGCCAAAGUCACACACAUGAGACAUGGAGGAGGAGGGCAAGAAAGGGAAGAAGCCUGGAAUUGUGUCCCCAUUUAAGAGAGUUUUUCUAAAAGGAGAAAAGGGUCGGGAUAAGAAGGCCCAUGAGAAGGUCACAGAAAGACGCCCUCUUCAUACUGUGGUGCUAUCUCUGCCUGAUCGAGUUGAACCAGAUAUCCUGCUGAAUGACUACAUUGAAAAGGAAGUAAAGUAUUUAGGUCAAUUAACAUCAAUCCCAGGAUACCUGAAUCCCUCCAGUCGUACUGAAAUUCUGCAUUUCAUAGAUAAUGCAAAGAGGGCUCAUCAGCUCCCAGGGCACUUGACCCAGGAACAUGAUGCUGUGAUCAGUCUCUCUGCCUACAACAUAAAGCUGGUGUGGAGAGAUGGAGAAGACAUCAUACUCAGGGUUCCCAUCCAUGACAUUGCAGCAGUUUCCUACAUCCGGGAUGACUCAUCACACCUCGUGGUGCUGAAAACAGCUCAGGACCCUGGAAUUUCCCCUAGCCAGAGCCUGUGUGCAGAAGGCUCCAAAACCCUCACCUCAGGCUCCCUGUCCGAAAGUGGAGUGGUUCCGGUGGAAGCAUGCUGCUUGGUAAUCCUGGCUACAGAAAACAAAGUGGCUGCAGAAGAACUCUGCUCCCUACUCAGCCAAGUCUUCCAGAUUGUUUACACAGAGUCCACCAUAGACUUCUUAGACCGAGCAAUAUUUGAUGGGGCCUCUACACCCACACGCCAACUGUCCCUGCACAGCGAUGACUCUUCUACAAAAGUGGACAUUAAAGAAGCCUAUGAAAGUGAAGCCAGCCCUUUCUUUUUGAAAUUACCGGAUACAGGUGGCACCUCAUCCUCUUCCUACACACAGCCAUCUCCUCACAUCAAAACAGUCAGCGAGAGUGAGCUGAGCACCACAGCCUCCGAACUUCUGCAGGACUACAUGAUGACGCUGAGAACCAAGCUGUCAUCCCAAGAGAUCCAGCAGUUUGCCAUGUUACUGCAUGAGUACCGAAAUGGGGCCUCCAUUCAUGAGUUUUGCAUCAACCUGCGACAACUUUAUGGAGACAGUAGGAAGUUCCUAUUGCUAGGUCUGAGGCCCUUCAUCCCAGAAAAGGACAGCCAGCAUUUUGAGAACUUUCUGGAGACAAUUGGAGUAAAGGACGGUCGGGGCAUCAUCACGGACAGCUUUGGAAGGUACCGGCGGGCAAUGAGUACCACAUCCAACUCGACCACCAAUGGGAACGGGGCCGCAGGCAGCUCAGAUGACCAGUCUGCACCAUCAGAAGGUGAUGAGUGGGACCGCAUGAUCUCUGAUAUCAGCAAUGACAUUGAGGCGCUGGGCUGCAGCAUGGACCAGGACUCUUCAUGAGGAAGAAACUUGGAGGAGGGGACAAGAAAGCUCUCCAGUCUCUAAGGGGCCUUCCCCUCCUCAUCCCGGUCCUUCCUCAGAAAAGGUUCUAGGGGACCAGCCGCCAUGUUGAGCCCUUUGUUUCCUUCUUUAGUAGUGGGAAGCAGGUGGUGUCAUUAGAUAGCAUAGGUGAGCUAGGACCCUUCUACUGUGAAGAAAUGAAUGUGUGGUAAGAGGAGAUGGGGUAUUGGGUGCCAGGAAUAGAGGAGAUCUUUGCAGUCAUCCAAACUGUCCAUGUUCCUUACUCCUGGGUGGGAGUGUGUCAGCCAAGGUAUGGCAGAAGAAUGGGAAAAGGAGCCACCUUGAUGAAGGAAGUGGCUUCCUUCAGUUCCCCUGGACAGUUUAUAGUUUUGCACAUGAUGUUCCUGUUGUAACUCAGAGACCUUUUUUGGAAAAUGAAGUUUAUCACAAUGUGAAUAAUUUAAAUCUCUUGUUGUCAGACACAUUUCUAGUCUAAAUGAGGAGGUUGUGUGUGCGGAGAGAAGUAGCUUUUAGAUGGUAGGCAUGUCCCAUUUUAAGUGGUUGCCGAGGGGUGCUGGAGAAGGCUAUCUGGCAAAUGGCACUCAGGAGUUUUUUUCUGCUGACUUCUUCCCCCUGUUAGUCCAUAGCCCUAAUAAGAUCUUUUGGGUCAGAGAUAGGAGAGCACUGCUAUCUCUGUUGCUGACUCUGUCCUGGCUGCAUUUAUGUAAGUAAGACAAGCCAGAGUGGGGCCAGGAAUGGGUGAGUUUUGAGUUUGCUGGGUUGUCUCCAGUGCCUUCUCCAGCAUAGCAGCUCCCUGGGCACCUGGCUCCUCCCCAAGGUAGAUGGGGGUGAGGAGGGCACUCUCCUCUAAACCCAAAGGAAAAAGGGGAUUUCAGUGCAAGGAGCUCUUUGUGACUGCCUCAUUCUAGUUUUUCCUUCUUAGAACUGGGGAUGAGCUAGGGGCAGUUCCAUAGGAUCAGGUGGUCAGGAAUUUUCUGGGGGACAAGAGAUAGUAAGAAGUGGAAGACUAAAUCAUGUUCAGUUAAGUGGGAGGCUUUACCUUUGCAUGAGAUAUAUAAUAUAAUGUACAUUUAGUGUAAAUAUGCUCUUAUAAAUACACUUAUUUUUUUAAUCCAUAUGCCAUACUGAUACUGGCUUGGGAAGCCAGCCUUCCCAGGGUGGUGGGACUUGCUGUCCUCUUGGCAUAAUAGCCUAUUCCUUAAUUUAUAGUAGGGUUAUAUUUUUUACUCCUUUUUAGAUCAAGCUUCCCAAGAGUUUGCUAAGAGACAGCUCUCUUCAUUCUGGGGGAAAGCUGUUAGUGUGUAGCAAUCUUCCCUGACUUUCCCAGAAAGGUUCAGUCUAGGCUCUCAUUCUCAUUCCUUGCCUUUGUCUCACUACAUUCCUUCUUCAUCUGUCUCCUUCUGCUUUUGUUCCUGUUUAUGCUUGCUCUUACCUUGGCCUCCCUCCCUCCCUCCCACCCCCAUUUCUCUCUUUUACAUAUACAUAUGUUCUCAUAUGUUACUAAGCAGGUUACUGAGUACCAAGGAGGAUAGUCCCAUUGCAUUGACUUGGCCAGCCAGCCGUGUGACUUUUAUGUAUGUUGGUUAACUAGGAAAGAGUUUCUAUGAACACUUUUUCUCAUUGCUAUAUCUGCUUAAAUAGGAAAUGUCUUUGUAUUUCUGACCUUAGCACAGUCCAACACCCAAUCCCUAGCUCAAACCUUUAUCUUUUGAACUAGCAUCCUUGGACAUAGGACCAUAGAUUUAGAGCUGGAAGGGGCCUUAAGGGUCAGCUAGUCCACUUCUCAUUUGCAAAAUGAGGCAUUAUUCUCCUCCUUACCUCCUCUCAUAGACCUGCCUUCCUUCCCAGCUUUCUUUCUCUGGACCCUCUCAGUGGUAGAGCUAGUCUCAACCACUUCCUCUUUCACCAUGAACUUCAGCUUCUACCAUGAUGGAAAGCAGCUCUGCCCGUCAUCUCAGUCCCUGUGGUAGUUCUCAGGUAAAUUUCAUCCAGAGGGCAGAUUAAUAUGAAACAUAGAUUUAAAUUAAAAGUUCUACCUUGGUGGGGGCUGCACAUUUCAUCCCCAGUUCAUCUAUGCAUCCCACUGACUUCUAUCUCCCAGAAGCUGUGGCUGGCUAGUUAGUUACCAGUUCCAGGGGUAUCUCUGGCACUCAUCCCAAAACCACCUCCACAAGGAAAAGUGGUAAUGGCACCCAGAGUUUAGGAAAGGGAUCAACCAUGGAAAGUCAGAAAAAUGAGAGGGAGGAGAGAGAAGGAAUCAUCAUCAGAUCCAUUGAACUGCCUAAUCUUUCUGGAAAUGUCUAGGACUCAACCCUCUCUAGGUCAGAUAGAAACACCCUAACCACCAUUACUCAGGUUAAUCCUUGCCUGAGCUGCAGAGUUUUAAAAUCCCAAAGCCCUUCCCCUGGUUGGGGAGGAAGGAUACAGAGUAGCAACAAGCACCCAAAAGGCUCUCUCUAUACUUGUGCUCUAAAGAGAUGCCAGUGUGGUGGCCUGGGAUGUAGUGGGGGGGGGUGGGGGGCAGACACAAUUACAUUGCCUUUCUGUAUUAUACAUCCAAAGGCUUUGUGAGGGUAGGGAGGGCAAGUAUCCUUCCCAGUAAUUUGGGCAUUUGAUUCUGUUCCCUACAAUUGCCAGCAAGAGGGGACCAAUGCAUGAGCCCUAGUUGACUGAUAGUGAUCAGUUGUUUCUGUCAUACAGAAUAAUGGGCAAGAAGACAGUCCAGUUCCUUCCUUCUGCCCAGAACAACAAGGCUGACAGCUCUUAAUGCAGAGAUGAGCUUAAGCUUAAUUAACCACAGAUAUGCAAAGCCCUUCUAUGACACUGAAAUACAAAUGGAAUUGGGGGAAUGUGGAGGAGGAACCUGAGAGUUUGGGGGGAUGAAGGCAGGAAGGAAGGUGGGGGCAGAGAAUUUUGGAGAUCCUGCUCCCCGCAAAGGUUUGACAUAAAGCUGAACUCUGACCCUCCUGCUUUCAGCAAAAUAUGAAAAGCCAGUUUGACAUAAUGAAUAAAUUGGAGUAUGCUGUUCACUUUACAAUGAAUUCCCCUACUAGCAAGCUUCCCUGGUACAUUUAAGAUAAGAUUUAAUUCACAGAAAUUGGAUUUACACAUUAAGUUUAUAGCACCUAGCAUAGUGCUGGUCACAUGGUAGAUGCUUGAUAAAUACUUAUGGGUUACUUGAUGACUUAGAGUCAUCAACUCAUUGAUGGUGUAAAUGAGGGCCACCAUAUUCCUGAUGGCUCCUCACCAAAACCCCAGCUUGACAGGGGCUUCCCCAGAACAUUGGCCAUUAGAAUUGUUAGUGCCUUUGAUGUCACCGCACUGGAAUUAGCGUACCCUCAGCUGACAAAGCUCAGGCCAUAACAGGUUGGGGAUAAAUUUCCAGAAUCUACUUCAGGGACUUGCCUGUUGGACCUGUAGCCAUUUUCCUGUGCGCUGAGCAAUGUGACUCAACAAGAGUAUUUUUCUAUCAGUGGCCAUGAAUUGUUGGGUCACUGGGAACAAAGUUCUCUGGGUACUGGGCUAUUUGAAUAAUUGUCUUCCUCUCUCCCCACUGCCAUGUCCUUCCCUGGCCCAGCCUUGCCCAGGACUUGGUCAGUUUCUGAAACUGAAAUUUGUCCCCAGCUAUGCCUGGGGAGUGAAUGGGGUGGGAGGGAGGGUGGGGAUUGGAUGGGAGAGAUGCCUUUAUUUUUUAUAUGGUCUCUAGAUUUAUAUACAAAGGUAAUUUGCCCUAUGGGCUUCUGGGAAUGGGAACAAUUCAGGACCCUUAAGUUUGAAAGCACUUCAGUUUCCCCCAGGUAGGCUUCAUGUUGGUGGGGCUGAGAGGUCUUUGGCCCCUGACACCGUCACCUGAGCCAUUACUAAUGUCCUCAAGCUUUUGUGUGGGGUGUGGGAGGUGGGGGCAGCUGUAUGUAUGACAUGAUGUUCCUCACCUCAUUUGUACGCGGUUUUGUAUGUAUGCUUUCUGUAUGGAGUAUUUGUUACAGGUAAAUAUAUUCCAGCACCCAAAGUA